AAGAUAUUCUGGCGGAUUCCGGCAAGGAAUUGCGGCAGAAGUGGCAGCGUGUAGCACAGGGCCAGGAUAGCCGUAGCGUAAGGCCUGCUAAGGAAUUCAGACGCUGUCAUGGAUGCAGUUGCAGAUCCGAACAAUGCGGCACCCGCACUCCAUGUGCCCCCGUUCCAAUUCAUUGCGCGGCUCAUCGCUGUUCCCUUGCUGGCUAGACUUCUCGACCGAGUGUUUCAAGUUUACAAUGAAGCCAAGACUCGUUUAUCGUGGAUGGCCGCCCUUGUGGAAGCAGCUGAAAGCACCAGUGCGAUCAUCGUGCUAGUGUGCGUGUCUGUUCUUAGGGCAGCACUGUCGCGGCAACUUCAGCACGCGGACGCGCUUGCAUGUCGUGCCCUGGACGAACUGGAGCAACGUUACCCGAUAGUCUUCCGCCAACCCGACGAGAUCAUCGGCCAUGUGGUCGCCUUGGGCCAAGAAAAGGCCACGCAACUGAGGCGUUUCGUCAGUUCCAAGGUGGAUGCAAUACGGACAUUGGCCGCGGCUGCUACGAAUGUGAUCGCCCAUCCGGUAGCAGCCUUGAAAACUGUUCUCCGUAUGCUUUGGAUCGACGCUCACCUGGUCGUCCUCAUGGCCGAUCAACGUAUGGACGCGCUCCUCUACCCUUACUAUCGACGCUACAACCCCUUCCUCAACAACGUCCUUGCCGAAGUGUCAGUCUCCAGCCGUUUUCGUACUGUCCUGCGGAAACUGUGGACUCUCGCCAAGUUCGUGUUUUGGGACAAAGCGCGGCGCCUGCUGGAGAGACGCCUUUCCACGUGGGGUGUCGCACUGAACGACCUGCACUACGCGCUUUCCAACGAGACGCUUGAUGAGACUCUCGAUGACCCAGAUCUGGCCACAGUACAGCACGCAUUCCUUCUCUUGGUGACCCUGGCCGAUCGACUUGAUCUCGCCUACUUUUGCUUUUACGCCCAUGUUUUCGGGUACUAUCACCUCUGGGUUACGCUUCCUGAGCCUCCCAACGAAAUGCUCCGUGCUGUCAUACUGCCGGGCGGGAAUCCUGAGGAAGAAAUCGACGGAGACGGUCUCAUCGAACACAUUGACCAAGAAGGUCUCGUCGAACACAUCGACCAAGAAGGUCUCGUCGAAGACAUUGAUGAAGAAGGACUCGUCGAAGAGAUCGACGAAGGCCUCGUCGAAGAAGAAUAGCGCCUCCAUGCGUGCCUUUGCGUUCGUUAAUGGCUACUGGCGAUAGGUUGCGAAAUACGAUGUUACAAUUUAUGGGCCCCACAAAGCCCGAAUACUCACUUACAGGUCGUAGGUUCAUCUACCUGAAAAGCAACCUUACGAGAUGAACCAGUGAGGUUUGGUGCGACCAGACAACCUGACUAGUUUGCAUAUCUGUACUAUAAACACUUUUAAUGUUCUACUUGGCACCCGCACAUCAAGUUCGUUUCAGUGCUCGUGUUCGCAUUUAAGGGAAUAGGAAUGGUUCUGUGCAGGCCUGCACAAACUGCAAGUAUUCGCUCAAGCUUGUAUGAGCUUUUAGUGAUUUACCUUCGGCAAAAAAUGUAGGGCUAGGUUACAGAUUUUUUACGCAGAUAUACUGUCGAGCUAACUGUUAACAGUGCAUCUGAAACCAUCUAGUUUGGCAUAAGUAGGUAUGUUUGAACCUUUAAUGCCAGAUCAACGAAAAAUAGAAAAUUUGUUCACGUUCACUUCUGACCAUGGAGAAUACGGGUACAAAAAGUGUUGAGUUAAAAUUUGCUUAGUAUAGCGAUAAUUAGUGUUUCGUUCGCUGAAUUUAUCACACCUGAAGCUUCAGUCCACCUCAUGAAAAACAACUGCGGGCUUUCCAUUAUACAUCCCUUACUAUAUAAGCAUUUUGAAGCGUCAAACUCAGCGUAGCGUAUGUGAUACGUAUGUGAAGGAUGGACUCAAACUGAGAUUCUCAAUCUGCAAUUCUUUCCUUUGUCCUCUUAGUUUGUGCCUUUACAGCACAGUUUAGACACAUCCUCACUAAUAUUGUACAUAAGGACAGAGACGUCAUUUAUUCACCAGCCACGACAUUCCUUCUUAACGCUGAAACCGAGUAGCAGAGGAAGCAGUCUGUUUGACAGACCUUUUAAGGCUUAAGUGCAGCCCCCAAAAGACUUCGUACAUAGAAACAAAAGCAGUCAGGCUGCACGUGGACACACCUUGCGUGUUAUAAUCUCAAUGCAAUAUUGAAUGUAUGAUUCUUUCCAGGCACAUCUCAAGCUAUCGGAUUAUUUCUACAGAGGCUUUACCCGGGUUCAAACUUUAACUCUAGCAUUUAUUAACUAGUCAGUAGGCUUUAUCGCCGGGCGUGUAAGCUUUACUUCUUAACGUGCGUGUUGCCCUGAAGGUAUAGUCACAACACCACCAAUAGAAAAGACCGAAAACGCUGUGUUCGGCUAUUUUUGACCUUAUACUCCCGGAAUAUAACGAUUGUUGUAGAUACGAUUGUGUAUCGGUCGCUGAUAUAAUCUCGUGCUUCAGAAGAAAGGUAGUCUGUACUUUGUUGCCGAGUUCUCGUCUAAAGCUUUCUUUCUUUCAAUAUGCUAACUACAAGCUACCUUUUCCUGAAUAAAUUAGGAUGUAGGAUUUAUUAAUUAGACAACAGUAAAUAAUUGAAGGCUAUAGAAGGUGCUUCACUUAUGUUUUACGAAAUGUUUUGGACAGCAACAGUUCCCUCGGAGCGAGAAGCUGUACUAUGCCUACUUUAAAUCUUCGCAAAAUAUACAUUCCAAUGUAUUUUUGCAAUGCGUUCUUUCAGUCUCAUAAUAAAGUAUUGCCUAAAUCA